AUGGCGGCGGCGGCGGCCCCCGGUGCCGGCGGCUCGGCGCCGCAGGCGGCGGGCUCGGCCGAAGCCCCGCUGCAGUACAGCCUUCUCCUGCAGCACCUGGUGGGUGACAAGCGGCAGCCCCGGCUUCUGGAGCCCGGCAUGCUGGGCGGGAUCCCGAGUCCGGCCAAGAGUGAGGAGCAGAAGAUGAUAGAGAAGGCGAUGGAAAGCUGCGCCUUCAAGGCGGCGCUGGCCUGCGUGGGAGGAUUUGUCUUGGGAGGUGCAUUUGGGGUGUUCACCGCCGGCAUCGAUACCAAUGUGGGCUUUGACCCUAAGGACCCUUACCGGACUCCGACAGCAAAGGAAGUUCUGAAAGACAUGGGGCAGCGAGGAAUGUCCUACGCCAAAAAUUUUGCCAUUGUGGGCGCCAUGUUUUCUUGCACCGAGUGUUUGGUUGAAUCUUACCGGGGGAAAUCGGAUUGGAAGAACAGUGUCAUUAGUGGCUGCAUCACUGGAGGAGCCAUUGGUUUCAGAGCUGGCUUAAAUGCCGGGGUCAUUGGUUGUGGCGGUUUUGCUGCUUUCUCUGCCGCAAUCGAUUAUUACCUACGGUGA